AUGUUCAGAAAGAUCCACUCCAUCUUUCACUCCAGCCCGCAGAGGAAGGCGGAGGUGGCCGAGAGCCCCUAUUAUGACAGAGCCAGCUCUGGGGUGAGGCUGAUUCGCAGCAGCUCCAUGUAUGUGGUUGGGGACCACGGGGAGAAAUUCAGCGAGUCCUUGAAGAAGUACAAGAGCACCAGCAGCAUGGACACCAGCCUGUGCUACCUGCAGCAGGAGGGGGACCGGGCGUGGAUGUACUCGCGCACCCAGAACUGCCUGCAGUACUUGCAGGAGCUGCUGGCCUUGCGGAAGAAGUACCUCAGCAGCCUCAAUGACCUGAAGGCCAGACGUGCCCAGGGCACUUCCUCCACCUCCUCCAAAUCCUCCAAGGGGGGAAAGAAGACCCUUGUGCAGUCUGCCUCCACAGAAAUAAAGCGCAAAACCACCAGCAAGAAAUACUCCCAGUUCAGUGCGGAUGUGGCGGAGGCCAUGGCCUUCUUUGAUUCCAUCAUCGCGGAGUUGGACACGGACAAACGGCCGCGCACUGCUGAGACCGGCCCUCCAAAUGAAGACGUGGACUUCGACGUGGCCACCAGCUCGCGGGAGCACAGCCUGCACUCCAACUGGAUCUUGCGGGCGCCACGCCGGCACUCUGAGGACAUGGCUGCGCGCACUGGGACUGCACUGGACAGCCAGCUGCGAAGGGGCCUGGAAUGCAGGACCCUGGGCACUCUGAGGAGGCUUGAGAGGCACCCCAUUUACUUGCCUAAGGCAGUAGAAGGGGCAUUCAACACAUUGAAAUUUAAGCCCAAAGCCUGCAAAAAAGACCUGGAGGGCUCCAGACAGAUUCUCUUCAACAUCUCAGGAGAUGACAUGGACUGGGAUGCGGAGCUCUUCUCCCUGGAGCCCCUAGGGUCUCCGGAAGAGGACUACUACGAGGCAGAGAACCCCAGAGGGCAGUGGCAUCUUCGGCAGCCGCUGUGGGAGCGGACGGUGCCCUGACUCCUGGGCCUCCCAGCCUGACCCAGGCUGGAUCCCUGAGAUAAGAAAAAAAUAAACAGGAC